UGUUAGGGUCGACUCCUCGUUCUGUACCCAGAGUGCACCGCGCCUGCGGAGGAGGGCAUUUUGUGGCGAGAGAGAGAGAGACACACUCUCUCAGUGGAAAAGGGGGGGUGUAGGAAGACGAUAGCCACAAGAUGGCGGCCUGAGGAGGAGCGGCGGGGCUGCGGCUGUGACAGCGGGACGGAAGGAAGACGAGGUUGAAUCCCAGGACUGUUAGGGGUGCGGCAGGCUGCCCGGAGAGGGAGAGUGACGGAGAGCGUGAGGGGAGCGCGUUGGCAUCGUAGCGGCUCCCCGGUGACGACCUACCGAACAAAAGAAAGGCGGCGAUCGCCUCAGUGUUACAGGGCGGCUGUGUCCCCCUCCCCCCGCCGUUCGGUCCAUUCUCUACCCCUCCCGGCCCCCCUGAUUCCCGGGGUGUACCCCCCUCCUCCUCCCCUGGAUCAUGGCGAGCAGCAGCGGCUCCAAGGCCGAGUUUAUCGUCGGGGGAAAGUACAAACUGGUCCGGAAGAUCGGCUCCGGCUCGUUCGGGGAUAUCUACCUGGCAAUCAAUAUCACCAAUGGCGAGGAGGUUGCUGUGAAGCUGGAAUCGCAGAAAGCACGUCACCCUCAGUUGCUGUAUGAGAGCAAACUUUAUAAAAUUUUGCAGGGAGGUGUUGGCAUUCCACAUAUCCGAUGGUAUGGGCAAGAAAAAGACUACAAUGUUCUAGUCAUGGAUCUACUCGGGCCUAGCCUUGAAGACCUCUUCAACUUUUGCUCCCGCAGAUUUACUAUGAAGACCGUACUAAUGCUAGCAGAUCAGAUGAUCAGUAGAAUUGAAUACGUACAUACAAAGAAUUUUAUACACAGAGACAUUAAACCAGACAAUUUCCUAAUGGGUAUCGGACGUCACUGUAAUAAGUGUUUAGAAUCUCCAGUGGGGAAGAGGAAAAGAAGCAUGACUGUUAGUACUUCUCAGGACCCAUCUUUCUCAGGAUUAAACCAGUUAUUCCUUAUAGACUUUGGUUUGGCCAAAAAGUACAGAGACAACAGGACAAGACAACACAUACCUUACAGAGAAGACAAAAAUUUAACUGGGACUGCCCGCUACGCUAGUAUCAAUGCUCACCUAGGAAUUGAACAAAGUCGCCGUGAUGAUAUGGAGUCAUUGGGGUAUGUGCUUAUGUACUUCAACAGAACCAGCCUUCCUUGGCAAGGAUUAAAGGCAGCAACAAAGAAGCAAAAAUACGAAAAGAUCAGUGAAAAGAAGAUGUCUACUCCUGUUGAGGUGUUGUGUAAGGGGUUUCCUGCAGAAUUUGCAAUGUAUCUAAAUUACUGCCGUGGUUUACGCUUUGAAGAGGCGCCAGACUACAUGUAUCUGCGACAACUCUUUCGAAUUCUCUUCAGAACCUUGAACCACCAGUAUGACUACACAUUUGAUUGGACGAUGUUAAAGCAGAAGGCAGCCCAGCAAGCGGCCUCCUCCAGUGGGCAGGGCCAGCAAGCCCAAACCCCCACAGGCAAGCAAACUGACAAAUCCAAGAGUAACAUGAAAGGAUUUUGAAAACUCGAGGAGCAGACAUUGAACAUUCUGGCACAUGCUGGACCAGCCACUCCCCUAAAACAUAGAUUGUUAGUUCAUAUGUCCACUUGCCAGUUGUCGUGGGAGACAAUUACAACAGAACUUAAUUUCAGUCUAAACUGGCUACCAGAGGCGUCCACCGUGCUGACUUGUAGCCGCUGUUAAUAAUUGUGAAUAUCACGAAGAUUAGUGAAACAUGGUGUCCAGUUUUCUAUUGCAUUUUUUUCUUCUCUCCCUCCCCAAAGGAGGGACUGCUGGUUAUGGUUUAUUCAACAGAGUGGUGGAAGAAAUUGUGCGUAUGCCAAUUUUUUAUUCCUCCCCCAUCCUAUGGUUAACUUCUUGAACCUUUCACUGCUUAAAACCUCUCCUACUUCAGAAGAAAAGGCAUGAACUGGUUUCCUACAGACUGUUGUGAUGACCCUUGUAUAAAAGAUACUACCAUGUUUCAUUUUUUUUUUCUUAUCACUCUUUUUAUUGUACACUUAAAACAUUCUUAACCUUUUCAUUGUAGGAGUCAUCUAGAGUAUGUGCUGCAGUCACUCCUUCAAUGAAUGAGUUAAUAGAUAUUAAUGUCAUACUUUUUUCUUUUUUUGCCACCUUUUAUGGUUAUUAUGGUGACCACAUGGUUCCAGAUUAUUAGGACUCCUGGCGUUGCAGCUCAUGUUUUCUGUGUAGACUUGUUUCUGACGUUUUGUGUAAUAUAUCCAUAAUAGUCUAUGCCCAAUCUUUAUAAUCUGGAAACCAUUCAACCCCCUUAUAUAACCAAAGAUUGCAGUUUUAGGUGAACCAUAAAACUGAUUCCUAUGUUUUUAAAAAAAGAGACCACCUCAACAGUGCAAACAUAAGACACAAUUUAGCAGAUGCUAGUCUCUAGUAAACUGAACUUUUUUUUUUGUUGUAAAAAAAAAAACUGCAGCGUAAUUAUCACAAAUCUAGUUAACAUCUAUCAAAUAAAGCUUGUCUAAAUGGCUUAGGAUAUGUAAUCACUGUAAACAUGAUCUGGGAUAUCUUUUUGUUUUUAUUUUGAACAAUUUUUGUUUGUUUACAAGUUCAUUAAAAAUCUAAAACUGA